CCUUUCUACCAUUCAUUUUUAAAUAGGGCUAAUCAAUUUCUGAAUGACCUCCCUAGGUGAGAAGGAUCUUCUUUACGUUUGAAAUCUGCACAGGGAUUUCGCACAUUUAAUGCCUCAAGGAUCUUAAUCGCCCCACUAUGCAUGCAUGCCUCAUACCAAAAGUACCGACAGCCAGUGCAUUCCCACAGUAGCAGCUGAAGCCAGCAGAUGCUUCCUGGAUUUCUUCCUAUAUAGAUGUUCUACUUUGGAGAAAGUUGCGCUAUCUGGCAUCCUCCGAUUUGCUGUAACUGAGGAAUGUGGAUUCUCAGAGACAAGUCACAUUGCUUUCAGGGAAACCUUUUAUUUCUGUAUGUAAUGUUGAAAAUAUGAGAAGUGAAGAGGCUUGGAUCUGGGGAACAUCUGCAGUUUGUGUGCCAAUAAUGUGUAGUAGAAACAUAUUUAAUGGCAGACCUUGAAGUAUACAAAAAUUUAAGCCCAGAAAAAGUUGAAAGAUGUAUGAGUGUAAUGCAGUCUGGGACACAAAUGAUCAAACUAAAGAGUGGAACGAAGGGUUUGGUCCGCCUGUUUUAUCUGGAUGAACACCGAACCUGUAUAAGAUGGAGACCCUCCAGGAAAAGUGAGAAAGCUAAAAUUAUAAUUGAUUCAAUUUACAAAGUCACGGAGGGGCGGCAGUCUGAAAUCUUUCAUCGCCAUGCAGAAGGGAACUUUGACCCCACUUGUUGCUUUACCAUUUACCAUGGCAAUCAUAUGGAGUCUCUGGAUCUGAUAACAUCCAAUCCCGAGGAAGCCAGGACUUGGAUUACAGGGUUAAAAUACCUAAUGGCUGGCAUAAGUGAUGAAGAUUCUCUAGCAAAAAGGCAAAGGACACAUGAUCAAUGGGUGAAACAGACGUUUGAAGAAGCUGACAAGAACGGGGAUGGCUUGCUGAAUAUAGAAGAGAUCUACCAGCUCAUGCAUAAGCUUAAUGUGAAUUUGCCUCGCAGGAAAGUCAGACAGAUGUUCCAGGAAGCAGACACUGAUGAAAACCAGGGUACAUUAACCUUUGAAGAGUUUUGCGUCUUCUACAAGAUGAUGUCAUUACGGAGAGACCUGUAUCUCUUGCUUUUAAGUUACAGUGACAAAAAAGACCAUUUAACAGUGGACGAACUAAGCCAGUUUCUCAAAGUGGAACAAAAGAUGAGUAACGUGACAACAGAGUACUGCAUUGACAUUAUUCAGAAGUUUGAAGUUUCCGAGGAAAACAAGGAACAAAAUGUUUUGGGAAUAGAAGGUUUUACCAGCUUUAUGAGAAGUCCUACAGGUGAUAUAUUUAACCCAUUGCAUGGUGAAAUUUACCAGGACAUGGAGCAGCCACUGUGCCACUAUUACAUUGCCUCAUCCCAUAAUACAUACUUGACAGGGGAUCAACUGCUGUCCCAGUCUAAGGUAGACAUGUAUGCUUGGGUAUUACAGGACGGAUGUCGAUGCAUAGAAGUUGACUGUUGGGAUGGGCCAGAUGGAGAGCCAGUAGUGCACCAUGGGUACACACUCACCUCAAAAAUCCCCUUUAAAGAUGUCGUUGAGACAAUCGACAAAUAUGCCUUUGUUAAAAAUGAGUACCCUGUCAUUUUGUCCAUUGAAAACCACUGUAAUAUUCAGCAACAAAGAAAAAUUGCUCAAUACCUCAAAGAAAUAUUUGCAGAUAAACUUGACUUAUCUUCAGUACCAGUUGGAGAAAACAAACAGCUUCCAAGCCCCCAGAGCCUUAAGGGCAAGAUACUUGUGAAGGGGAAGAAAUUGCCGUAUGACCUGGCGGAGGACGUGGAGGAAGGGGAAGUCUCUGAUGAAGACAGUGCAGAUGAAAUCGAAGAUGAAUGCAAACUAAGCAAUUGUUUUAGCAACGGAACAACAGAGCACCAAGUAGAAUCAUUUAUCCGGAAAAAACUGGAGUCCUUACUGAGGGAAUCGCAGAUCAGGGACAAAGAGGAUCCUGACAGCUUCACUGUGAGGGCACUGCUGAAAGCAACACACGAAGGUCUGAAUGUCAAUCUAAAACAGAAUUCAGAUACAAAAGACAGAGGGAAAUCCAAAAGGUCAUCGGUGGGUAAUAUUUCAAAGCACAAGCGAACCUCGAAAUCCAGGUCAAAAUCUUGCAGCACUGAUGAAGAAGAGGAUUCUUCUCCAAGGGAAUCUGAAAAGAUGAACAGGUGGAGCCAAGCUACAUAUGGCAUCUUACUUACUUGUGCUUGGAUUGGUGGAGAAGAAGAUUUUGAAAACGCCCAUUACAGACUUGGCCGUCGAAGGAAGACAAUGAAAUUAUGUCGAGCACUGUCUGACUUGGUUGUUUACACAAACUCAGUGGCCGCACAGGACAUCAUGGAUGACGGUUCCACGGGAAAUGUUUUAUCUUUUAGUGAGACCAGAGCACAUCAAGUGGUUCAGCAGAGGUCAGAGCAAUUUAUGGGCUACAAUCAGAAGCAACUCACCAGAAUAUAUCCAUCUGCAUACAGGAUAGACUCCAGUAACUUUAACCCAGUGCCAUAUUGGAAUGCUGGAAUCCAGUUGGUUGCACUCAAUUACCAAACAGAAGGACGAAUGAUGGAAUUAAAUCGUGCAAAAUUCAAGGUGAAUGGCAACUGUGGUUAUGUCCUCAAACCCCAGCAGAUGUGCAAAGGUGUACUUAACCCUUUUUCUGGAGAUCCAUUACCUGCCAGCCCCAAAAAGCAACUAAUCCUUAAAAUUAUCAGUGGACAGCAGCUUCCAAAACCCCCCGAUUCUAUGCUUGGAGACCGAGGAGAGAUCAUUGACCCUUAUGUUGAAGUAGAAAUGAUUGGUCUGCCUGUUGACUGCUGCAAAGAGCAGACUAGAGUGGUGGACGACAAUGGAUUCAAUCCAGUGUGGGAGGAGACCCUAACAUUUACAGUCCACAUGCCAGAGAUAGCACUUGUGAGGUUCUUAGUAUGGGACCAUGAUCCAAUCGGACGGGAUUUUGUUGGCCAGAGGACCGUUGCCUUCAGCAGUCUUUUGCCUGGAUACCGUCAUGUUUAUUUGGAAGGUUUGACAGAAGCAUCAAUAUUUGUCCAUAUUACAAUAAAUGAGAUCUAUGGGAAGUGGAGUCCUUUAAUCCUCAACCCCAGUUAUACUAUAUUGCACUUUCUAGGAGCCACAAAGAAUAGGCAAUUUAUUGGACUUAAAGGGCUUUUCACUAAAAAUUCAAAGCACAAUUCUGUGGAGAGCAAUGGUCACAUAAGAAAACGGUCCAUUGGAGACAGAAUAUUGAGACGUACUGCCAGCGCACCUGCAAAAGGCAGAAAGAAGACCAAGAUGGUGUUUCAAGAGUCCACAGAGAGCAGAGACCUUCCAUGUGAGGUGUCUGGUGCUAAGGAAAAAGAUACUGUAAUGAGGAGAACUUCCAGAAGUUUACAGGCAAGGCCUGUUUCCAUGCCAGUGGACAAGUUUCUUCUUGGGGCCUUUGAACCUUCUACAUCUAAAGAUACCAAAUCAAAUGACAUAAGUUCAGGGAAGAAGGAAUGUAAGAGCCAAGUCAAACCACUGAUGGAACCAAUACUUGAAAUUUCCCAGAAUCUUGCAUGUCUUCCCAGAGAUCAAUAUCAGGCAAACACCACAGCCAAUGGAAAUAUUAUACAUAAAAAAUGGAAAAGCUUACACUUAGACUAUGGAAAGUAUAAUGAUGAUGAUGUCAGGGAAUUAAACAAUACUUAUACUAGUGAAUCAGAAGAGGAAAACGAUGAUGUCAAACAGAUAGGAUCCAUUGUGGAGGAUUCUAAACCAAAUUCAUUAUCAAAUUCAGAUCCUCAAGCUGAGUUUUCAACCAAAACCGUAGCAUGCAAUGUAAAGGAAUGUCCAUCUAUUAAUAAUUUAUCAAUUACCAUCUGCAGUGAUGUCAAUAAUUUACAGAUCACUUCAGCUAUAUUAGAAAAUGAUAUAUCUCAAAUAAUAAAUGAGGUUCCGUCUGUAAAUGAGAGUGACCUUGGCAGCUCAAUCUCUGCCCUGAUUGGGCAGUGUGAUGUCACUGAUGACAGAGCUAGUUUGUCUCCUGUCUCCACUUUAAAUGGCACCAAUAAUAAUCUACAGCGUUUUGGGUAUUCACAAAUGAUCACACCUUCUGUUUCAACACCUAAAAAGCUUUGUGCUGGUUCAACCCAUGUGGACAGAUUGUUACGCUCCACAACUGACACAACUAUUUUCUCUAGCUCAGAGACAACAGAAUAUUCAGUGUACACCAUAAUUAAUGAGGAAAACAUGUUUCCAGAAACUGGUAACAUGUUAAUGGAUGCUAACACUGUCAAAGCAGAGAACAGGAUACAAUACGAAUCAAGAAAUUCUUAUCCUGAAUUAAAGCCAAAGCCCGCAAAAGUUUUGUAUCCUGAGAUAAAGCCUAAGCCUUCAAAGACUCAAAUAGAAAGUAGGAGAGGUCUCCUGAACCACAAUUCAGUUUGCCUUGCAGACAAUCCACACAACAAAAAUCCAGUGCAACCCACAAUUCUCUCCAAAAGUGGUCUAUCUGUUCAAAAAGAAUCUCAGGGUGUGUCACACAGUUUGCAAGAUAAAGACCUGAAUUAUAGAUCUUCCUUGUCUUGCCAACAUAAUCACAGCAGUGAUAGCAACUCAAAGAAAAUGUACCAAGCACAGCCACCAAAUAUCAAUGUUAACAAACAGGGUAUCUGUAAUUCUUUCGAUGGACAAAAGCAAAAACAAGUCAUCCAGUUAAAUCAGCAUAAAGACCAUGGCCAAUACCCAACCUCAGAAGUUUCACAAGGUCACCAAUACGGUGCCCAUAGAGGCAGCUUCCAUAUCCCACACUUGCAAAAACAUCCCAUUUCUUCAGACCAAGGAACCAAUCAAUCAAGUCCAUGCAAAUCAAAGAGUCUUGGAGAUCUGACUUCAGAGGACAUAUCUUGCAAUUUUGACAGCAAGUACAAGCGAAUAAAUAGGGGCUUCCUUUUGUCGGGAAAUGCCCAGGAUCCAAAUUGUUUUGCAAAAACUAGACACCAGUCAACAGAUGCAUUGACUGAACAGUUGAGGAAACUGGUGUCUUAUGACCAGGAAGACUGCAAUAAAACACAAUACUGUGAAGAAGAUGAAUGGGACAAACCUAAACUUCUAACUCGGAAGCUAUCAUCAAGAAGUCAAAGUAGAGUGAGAAACAUUGCAAACCGUGCCAAGGAAAGACAGGAAGCCAAUAAGUUAAAACAAGUCAACCAGAUUCCAAAUGGUGUAGUUCUGCGGAACAGACCACCAACCUCCACUCAGCCUGUAAACAGACAUUCCACUGGCUCUUAUAUAGCAGGGUACUGCAGUAACUUUAACUUGGAUAGCCUGGAGGGCAGAGGUAUACCAGAAGGUGCAUGUUCUUCUCAAACUUAUGGACACAGUGAUCUGUUUUCUAGAGAUCGUUUCACCUAUCAGACUGAGCCAUGCAAUACUGAUGAACCAGAAAUAUAUUUCCUACUAAGAUUGUAAAUUGUAUAUAACUGUUAAUGUAAUGUUGUUUACAAGAUGUUUUAUUAGAAUAUAAACUCUUAAAUUAUAUAGAGAUAAGAUUUUUUCUCCAUUAACAGCUUAGUCUUCCUUUCGUUUUUAAACUGCCAAUAUCAUCAUCAAUUCUGUAAAUAUAUUCUUGGACUCUUUUUUUUUCAUUUUGUUUUUAAUUCUAAAGUUAAUAUGGGUAUAUACAGGGAACUAAGUGCAUGCAAACAUGACAAUGUUCAGUGUAAAAUGCAUGUACAUUAUAAAGAAGCGGUCUUAUAAAUUUGCACACAUCAGCAAAAUAUAUUGGAAUAAAAUACCGAUUUCCCUAA